AUGAAUGCAUCGGUCAACACCAGCGCUGCAGCACCGGGCAACGCCAGCGUUGCAGAGUUCCUCACAAUGGCAGCACACCAAGCGCAUGGCAACUAUGGAAAUUUGACACUACUGUGGUUCAACGCGACGGUCGGGGCCAUUUUCAUAGACCCAAGCAUUACAAACGUCUCUGUUCUCAACCCGGCAAUUGGAGAUCUGUUCGCCCCAGACAUCUUUAGUGUUCCUCAAGCGUGUGCAUACCCUAUAAGUGGUCAGUAUGGCUUCCUCAAUCGACUAUUGUACUACUGCUUGAUACUCUUUGCUGUCUUUGCGGCAUCUAAUUCAUAA